AUGGCCUUGCGGGUCCCCGUCAACCUCCGCAAGAACCUCUCCGUGGUGCUCUACGCCUUCCAGGGACUCAGUAUCCUCGCCGUUAUUGUCGGACUUGCUUCGUUGUUUUUAUUACCGUUGGACGAGUACUCCCGCCGAACGUAUAUUUCCGAAAAUGCACUGUUACCGGGACAGGUCCACGCGUACUUUGGAGGGAGCGAGCAGAAUAUCGUUAGGGCGUUUAGGAGGGAGGUUGAUUUGUUAGGGAAUAGUACUUCUGAUGUUGUCGCCGAACGAAUGGCCGAAAUCUUCCGUUCCGCUGGACUUAAAGUCGGUAAACAACGAUACUCCUAUAAAGCUGCCGGAGGGGAAUAUACCGGCGAAAACGUCUACGCGGUAUUACACGCCCCACGUGGGGAUGCAACCGAAGCAAUUGUUCUAUGCGCCCCGUGGAGGAAUAUAGACCAUCUACUCAACGAAGGCGGGGUGGCACUUACCCUUGCCUUAAGUCGAUAUUUCAAAAGAUGGUCAUUAUGGUCUAAGGAUAUUAUAUUUUUAAUAUCUUCUGAUGCUCGGGCUGGACCUCAAGCUUGGGUUGAUGCGUAUCAUGAUUUGCAUGGAGAGAAUAUUCAGUCGCUUUCGGUGAAGAGUGGGGCUAUACAAGGGGUUGUGGUUGUGGAUUAUCCUGGAGCUUAUCAUCGGUUUGAGUCGUUGCAUAUUUUAUACGAUGGGAUUAAUGGGCAGUUACCGAAUUUGGAUUUGAUUAAUACGGCGGUACAGAUAUCCAGGGAUCAAAUGGGGUUGAGGACGGAUUUGCAGGAGAUGUGGAAUCAUGAUGAUGGGUAUAGACAUAGGCUUAAGACUAUGUUGAGGGGGAUGGUGAAUCAAGCUUUGGGACAUUCUACGGGACCUCAUUCGAGUUUUAUACCGUACCAUAUCGAUGCUAUUACGCUUGCUACUCAUGGGGACGGUGGAUGGCAUGAUGAAGGGUCGUUGGGGAGGACGGUGGAGAGUGUGUUUAGGAGUUUGAAUAACUUGUUGGAACAUUUUCAUCAGAGUUUUUUCUUUUAUUUGUUGAUGGCGCCGAAGAGGUUUGUUAGUAUUGGGACUUAUUUGCCGGCGGCGAUGUUGUUGGCUGUGGGGUUGACGUUGACGGCGAUUAGGUUGUGGGUUGAUCCGAGGAGUCGGAGUGGGGAGGCGGGUGUGAAGGUGGAGGAAAAGGAGGAGAAGAAGGGUGAGAAGGGUGAGAAAGGUGAAAAAGUGAAGGAAGGUGAAGUGAUUGCUGUUAAUGGCGGGCCCAAGAGAGAGCUGUUCUUGCCAAUGUCCAUUGUCAUUGGUGUGCAUUUCUGUGGUGUCAUUCCCUUCGCAGUGUUCAAUUCAGUCGACUAUAAGUCCAUGUCAUCCGUCUUCUACAUCUUCAUUGCCGCUUCCGUCAUCCUACCGACCUUGAUAUCAAUCCUUAUCACACUGACAGCCUCCCCGCACCGUCUCCUCCCAGCCUUCCACCUCUCCCGGUGCUUCUCCCUCUUAUUCCUAGGAAUGUUCCUCUCGACUCUCGCAACCUUAAACUUCUCACUAUCAUUCCUAAUCGGCCUCUUCUCACUACCUCUGAUGUUCGCUAGGACGACGCCAGAUUCGGUGCCAUUGGCUUUGGUGAAUAGUGUACUUUUGCAGCUUACCAGUCCGUUUGCGGCGUUAUUUGUCGUUGCGGGGUAUUGGGGGUUAGGAGUGGAGGAUAUUCUCAAGGAGGCGAGUUUUGGAUGGUGGGUCUGGGGUAUGUGGACUCCCAUUGUGGUAUGGUGUGUCUGGUGGCCCGCAUGGGUGGUGGGGAGGAUCAGUGUGGAUUCGAGCAUUGUGAUGGCGGUGACGGGGAAGAGAGGUUAG